AUGCUGGAGGAUCUUGUGGAAUGGUUAGUGAAACCGUGCAAGGGGCAUGAAUUGGCCAAAUUGAGAGUGCUAUAUCGCUGGCUGACGUCAUGGGACAUCAAAAAGUUCAAACCACCUCUGGCACGGAUAGACAAGGGAUCUGUCUUGUGGUAUAUUCUGAGGCUACAGAACAAACAGGAAAAUUACGCUUCCAUGAUGUGUUAUCUCUGUAGCUAUGCAGGGCUUGUAUGUAUGGUUAUCCAUGGGUUCAUGAAAGGGAGUACUUACAAAAUUGGACAGAGUGUUGCCUCAAACAAGAUCAACAUGUACGGAGAGUGGAACGCGGUCUUGAUUGAUAAUGUCUGGCGUCACGUCAACGCCUACUGGGGCGCAUGCGCCGUGAUGGGCGAUGACGAUGAAGCGACUACUUUUCAUUUGGACGAGACCUUCUUCAUCCCUGAUCCGGAAAAUUUAGCUUAUACCCAUUUCCCAGACGAGCCCAAAUGGCAACUUUUAGACAGACAAAUGUCAAUGAAGGACUUCGAAAAAAGGGCUUUUGUAAAAGAGCGUUUCUUCGAGCUCGAGAUGCGGAUUUUAUCACAUCCAGAAUGUGAGAUAAUGUGUCAUGAUGAUCUUGAAAUUCUGUUUGGAAUUGCACCAAGCAAAAGAAAUCAGAUAGCACUGAAAUGUAUACUGUCGGUAGAAAACGAUGAAGAGGACUGGGUCCCCGUCGAAAAUGACAAAUUUCAACAUGACUAUGCACAUGUACACAAUGCGAACUCUGUUGCAGUGCAGAUGCGUUUCCCUGACACAGGAACCUACAGAUUAGAAAUACUUGGGAAGGACCUCUUGCGAGAACGCUCGGAAGAGAAGUACAUUUAUGACUGGUUGGUGGUGUAUAAGAUAUACGUUAAAAAGAUAGGCAAAAACACGGCUUUUCCGAAAUGUGAUGAAUCGGCUCUGUGGGGUCCAAAUAUUCUAAUGGAGGAGGCAGGCCUUGUACCUAUAGAUCAUCAGUUCGCGACCCUUAAUGCUGAUGGAGGCUACCUUGAUCUUCCCAUCAAAUUCGAAGACGGCGAUGUUGCCGAAUCGGAAAUAUUUUACAAGAUGACGACGUUGCAGGCAAAUCUGGACGACGUGGAAUUUUCUCAGAAAGGAAUUAUGAAGGAAGAUCAGAAGUUCAUCAUUUUCAAUGACAAACCACCUGCCAAUGAAUACGGCCUGUGUAUUUACAUAGAGGAGGAGGAAGAUCCCUUAGAGUUACCUCCCCUGAGGCCGGGAGAGAUCCGUCUGCCAAUGAUGGUGAAAAAAAACGUAUGUAACUACAUGGUGAGGUGUACCUCGUUAUCCAAAGAUUCCAAGUUCAGAGAGAUCGACAAUGCAAGGAAAGCAAUCACAGAUGCCAAUAAAGAAAAACGCCUCGCCAACUUAGAACGGAUUAUUGAUCUGAUUGAGACGAAGGAUUUUGAACGUUAUAUGGCACCGGAAACCAAAUUUGGGCGGGAACUGGUCCAGCGCCUGCGCAAACUGCAGAGUAAACUUCACGAGAUCAUGAUACUCGACACAGAGACCAUAAUGAAACUACGUGACCUUGUGAACCCUCCACCGGAAGUGUUUGCUGUAAUGAAGUCCUUACUGCUAUUUUUGGGUCAUUUUGACGAAGAACUAAGACAAUGGAACGACGUUCGGAAGAUAGUUGGCCGCUCAGCAAAACUGGCGUUGAAAAGACGUAUUGGGGAGUUCGAUAUCAAUGACUUGGAUCUCGACAUAGCCCUUGGUGCCAAGAAAUUGUUAGGUACAAUGGAACUGGAAGAUGUAAGAGCUAUCGACCCAACCUUGGCUGUGUUCAUGGAUUACGUGAUGGCGGUGGUGGAAGAGAUGGAGCUGAGGAACCAGAAGAAAUUAGAUCUGACUGUUCCUCGAACAACGAGAGAGAAGAUUGAAAGGAGCAAAAAGGUCAUUGCUCUUCUGACAGCAACGCAGCCAAAAGUUGAACCUGAAGAGGAAUUUGAGGAAUAUGAUUUCUUUUAA